AAGAAGCCAGGAGCGUUUUGUGUGCUCUUGUGUGUAAGAGAGAGAGCGAGAGAGAGAGAGAGAGAGUCCUGUGUUCAACGCCGUGUUGACCUGCGACGGAUUAUUAACUAUUAUUAUUAUUUUAUUAUUAUUAAUUUUUUUAAACUUCACGGAGGGUUUUUUUUUUUAACUCGUAACGGAUUAAUUUUUGUUUCACUCUUCACAGCCGGGUGGAAUGUGUGUCGCCGUACACACCUAUGUGGAUGGAUAUAAAUAGGAGAAGCGGUGUGAGGAGAAGCGAGACCGGGCUUUAGUCUCCUCUUUUAGCGUACAUGAUUGUGAUUACUACUAGAGUCGCUAGCCCUUAAACGCGUGUUGCCUAGGCUACGAGCCGUGGGGGAAAUUUUCGAAGACCGGCGUAUGUGCACCGGAAGGAACCCCAUCUGCUGAGCCACGCGCUGUCCUUGUUUUUUCCGCCUUGUUAUUUAAGGUCAGGAGUGUGAGGGUUUAGCAGUGAGGCUCUCACCGUGGCCUGACGCUGGAAUCAAUGCCGGGAAGUCGUUGUCCUCCUCAGGCAGCCUAGCGAAGGUUCAGAAAGUAGCAAGCUGGCUUUUGGAAAUGAAUCAGGACCUGCUGGUUCCCGAACCCGUGCCGGAGCCAGAGCCUGAACCUGGACUCAUGAACCGCGAGCGAGAACCUCAGCACCGGAGGAGAGAGCGAGGAGAGGAGGACGACGAGGAGGACGACGAGGAGGAGGAACGAGAGCGAUCCGGAGAGGCCGAAGAGGCAGAGGAGGACCCCUGGCCUUCGGGGAGGGAGCCGGCGAGCCAGAACGAGGGACCGGAAGAAGGCAGGAGAGAGGAAGUGAACGGAGGAGAGAAAGCCGUCCAGUGGUUGUGGGAGCAGGAGCAGAGGAGACGGAGGCGGAGACGGAGAAACAAUGAGGAGGAAGAGGAGGAGAACAACAACCACGACAACGAAGGAGCAGGAGAAGGAGGAGAAGGACCGGUACCUGUAGGACUGCGCUCCGAGGAAGACGAGGAGGACGGAGAGAGAGAGGAGGAGGAAGAGAUGGACCAGGAGAGUGACGAGUUCGAAGCAUCAGAGGACAGCGCGCGAGAGGAGGAGGAGGAAGCAGAGGAGGAUGAGGAAGGAGAGACGGGACUUCACUCUUCUUCGCUCAAAAGCGGAGCGUCGGAUCCAAGCGAUAACGCAGAUGUCCAAUCAGGACGACAGAACCAAAGCUCAUCUUCAUCUCAGCACACACAUCCUCAGAUGAAGAGGAAGUUGGACCAUGGACCAGAAGUUCGGCCGUUCCCUUCAGGCAAGAAGCCCUGUCCAAGUCCGACAGGUCUGGUCCCGUAUCCAUCCACUCCCACUACAUUUGGCGACUUGAGAGCUGCUAACGGACAGGGACAGCAGAGACGCCGCAUCACCUCCAUCCAGCCUCCCACAGGCUUACAGGAAUGGCUCCGUACCUUCCAGAGUUGGAGCGGGCCGGAGAAGCUCUUGGCUCUGGACGAGUUGAUUGACAGCUGUGAGCCGACGCAGGUGAAGCACAUGAUGCAGGUGAUCGAGCCUCAGUUCCAGAGGGACUUCAUCUCCCUACUGCCCAAAGAGUUGGCUCUGUACGUCCUGUCCUUCUUGGAGCCGAAGGAUUUGCUCCAGGCCGCUCAGACGUGUCGAUACUGGAGAAUCCUCGCGGAAGACAACCUGCUCUGGAGAGAAAAAUGCAGAGAAGAAGGUAUCGACGAGCCGUUACACAUCAAGAGGAGGAAGGUGGUGAAGCCAGGGUUCAGUCACAGCCCGUGGAAGAGCGCCUACAUCAGACAACACCGCAUCGACACCAACUGGAGGAGAGGAGAGAUCAAAUCACCUAAGGUGUUGAAAGGACAUGAUGAUCAUGUCAUCACGUGUCUGCAGUUUUGUGGGAAUCGUAUUGUGAGCGGUUCGGACGAUAACACGCUUAAAGUCUGGUCUGCAGUCACGGGAAAGUGUUUGCGGACAUUAGUUGGACACACGGGCGGCGUCUGGUCCUCUCAGAUGAGAGACAACAUCAUCAUCAGCGGCUCGACAGAUCGGACUCUGAAGGUGUGGAACGCCGAGACGGGGGAGUGUAUUCACACGCUGUACGGACACACGUCCACCGUACGCUGCAUGCACCUCCACGAAAAAAGGGUGGUGAGCGGAUCCCGGGACGCGACGCUGCGUGUGUGGGAUAUCGACUCGGGUCAGUGUUUGCAUGUGUUGAUGGGUCAUGUGGCGGCGGUGCGCUGCGUGCAGUACGACGGGCGUCGUGUGGUCAGCGGAGCCUACGACUUUAUGGUCAAAGUGUGGGACCCUGAGACCGAGACAUGCUUACACACACUGCAGGGACACACCAACCGGGUCUACUCACUACAGUUCGACGGCGUCCACGUGGUCAGCGGUUCUUUAGACACGUCCAUCCGCGUGUGGGACGUGGAGACGGGGAACUGCAUACACACGCUCACGGGUCAUCAGUCCCUCACCAGCGGCAUGGAGCUCAAAGACAACAUCCUGGUGUCGGGGAAUGCAGACUCCACCGUCAAGAUCUGGGACAUAAAGACAGGACAGUGUCUCCAAACGCUGCAAGGUCCUCAUAAGCACCAGAGCGCCGUCACGUGUCUGCAGUUCAACAAGAACUUUGUAAUCACGAGUUCGGACGACGGCACGGUGAAGCUGUGGGAUUUGCGCUCGGGAGAUUUCAUCCGAAACCUGGUGAGCCUGGAGAGCGGCGGCAGCGGCGGAGUGGUGUGGAGGAUCCGAGCCUCCAACGUCAAGCUGGUGUGUGCCGUGGGCAGCAGGAACGGCACCGAGGAGACCAAACUGCUCGUGCUCGACUUCGACGUCGAACUCAAAUGAACUGGACAUGAAGUGAAGGGAGAGGAAGAGCAGCGGGGCGAGCGCGGGGGGGUUACGGGGAAAAAAACGGGCCUCCUCGUGCAGCUCCGCCACCGGACCCACCACUGCUCACCGUUCCUGCCAUGAAUCGCCCCUUUAGCGACCGCUGCUGCGAUUUAUUUUCGGGGGGAGGGGAUGGGUUAUGCGUCUUCAGAAAAGGGGGCGGGGCAUAAUCAAUAGUGAGAAGGCGGAACAGAAAGUGCGCCCUCCUUGCGCAGCUCUAAGACUGGACCCAACAUAUAGAGGCAUCACCUCCUCCAUCUUUAGAAAGGGGGUGGGGGCAGGAACGAGGAGGCGGGGCCUCUGCAUUCUGGGAAGGAAGGCUUCCUCAUGCAGCUCCAUGACUGGCAUCUGCUUGUCUGGUCCCUUUUUUUUGGGCGGGGGGGGUGGGUGGGUUCUGUGCAGCAAAGCAUUCUGGGAAGGAACGGGAUUAUUGUUAUAUAUAUAUAUAUAUUUUUUUUUUCUAUUCUUCACUCCCUUUCUCACAGCCUUUCUUGCUCAGAGACUUGCUGACUCAAGCCUGCACACCCCAGACAUCGUUAUUUUUCUUCUUUUGUUUGUUUGUUUGUUUGUUUCUUUCUUUCUUUUUUUAAACCGAUUCGAACAAGUCGACACUGUAUGCAUGACGUGAGCGAGGAAGCCGAGUUGACACAGGUGAUGGGGAACGAUGAUGAAUGCACGCAGGUUCGGAGUUUUUAAACAGGAUAAACAAAAGAAAUAAGAGCUUUGAGAUUUAAAUGUGAGGAUUACACACACACACACACACACACACACACACAGGACCCUCCGUACGUGAGAGAGAGAGAGAGAGAGAGAGAGAGCCUGAUUAUCUCUGGCUUUUUCUUCCUGUAUCCCACACACACACAUUUAUUUAGUGUUCAGUGCACAACUGUGAAUUUAAGCAUCAUUCUUUAUUUCUUUAUUUUUCCACAAACAUCAGCGUUCGGUGUUUCUUGUCGCGUUUCUCUCCACCGUUACCUCUACAACGAGUCUCAGUAUUAAUUUAAAGACGGUCUGACAUUUAAAAAAAACAAACAAACGAAUGAAUAAAUAAAUCCGUAUCCUCUCGUGCUGAAUGCAGUGGAGCGGAGGAGACGCGGAUGAUGAAGCCGAGCGGCGCGGGUUCGAGUCGUCGUGGAAACUGCUGCAUGUCUAACUCAUCAUGUUUGCCUCAAAAGACAUCCGACACACGCGGCGCCGAACCGGGGCUCUCGCGCGCUUCUCUCCUUCUUUAUUAGCCGGCGCACAUCCCGCUCAGAUUAUAUUCAGGUUAAAGAAGGGAAACGAUGGAUUUGUUUUUGUUUGUUUGUUUGUUUGUUAGAUCCGUGUCUUUAAGUGCUGUUCCACAUCCUCAGUGCGGUUUUGUUCCUCUUGUCGUUCUGUUCCGAUUACACUUCCUCAUGUUGGCUCAGCUUCAUGGGAGAUUAGAAAUCUUUUAUUAUUAUUGUUAUUUUACUUCGAAGCCCCUUGGAAGCCCCGCCCCUUCUUUGUUCCUGUUCUCCCCAGUGGCCAAACUGAACUUAAUGCUGCUAGUCACUCAUGCGGGACUGUUUUUGUUUUUUGUUUUUAUUCUUAUUAUUUUUUCCUCCACUGGCUGUGACGUUUUAGUCCCAGACUAAAUCCUAAAAGAAUUUAGACUUAUAAAUAAAUCAACAAAAAGACACACGAUGGCGUACAAGGAUAUGGAAUCUGACUUUGUUUUUGUUUAUUUCUUUUCCGCCACUGAAACUUGAGCCAAAUGUGCCUCUACGAGGCUGAAAGAGCGAGAAGGUCCGACGAUCAUGGACGAUGCUGUGUGUGUGUGUGUGUGUGUGUGUGUGUGUGUGUGUCGGAGCAUCGUUCACACAUUCCUUGGGACGGAAGUUCUGUUAGGGAACGUGUCGGAUGGAUGGAUGGAUUUUUUUUGGGGGGGGGGGGAUUAUCGCAUCGCAUAUUGAUGGAAAGAAAGUCGGACUCGCUCUCAAUCGUUCUUUCUGAAGAGGGGACAAAAAAAUAAAAAAGCGUCAACGUAGCCAAACCUGUUGGUCUCAUUGUCCGAGUCACACACUCACGCUGAACUGUGAAACUGGUUUAACACUGUAUAUUACAAUUUAAACAAAAAAAACAACAAAAAAACUUCUUCUUUCUCCAGUUUUUACUUUUUAUUUAUGGUCUGGUUGAAGAAAAUCAGAUGAUGGAGGUUUUCUUUUUUUUCUUUCACAUUUUUUCAGUUUGUUUUUGUUUUUUUCCCAGUCCAGACUGCCUGGUGUAACAGACAGAUUAAAAAAAAAAAUACAGCAAACCUUAAAGGGAUUGUCUAUUAGAAUUUUUAUUUUCUUAUAACUUAAGUGCAAUAAAAUGUGGGGUUGUUGUUAUUGUUUUUUUUUUUUCCUUUUUAUUUUUUGUUUUCAUUUCAAGCUUCUUCUUUUUUUUCUUUUUUUUUGUCACUGUGUGAAAGUGUCAUAUGUGCCCAAUAAAGCUUCUACGGUUUAUUGUA